AUGGCGGACAUCAAGAAAUCUACUGAUGAGAAUCCGAUAACACCUGUUGAGCAUGGGGCAAUCAUCGAGACUUCUGCUCAGGGUGGAGAUACAGAGUUACUGGCGACACUGGGAUAUAAACAAGAACUCCGCCGCCACUACUCCACCGUGCAGAUUUUCGCCGUCGCAUUCAGUAUUAUGGGUCUCCUUCCAUCCAUCGCAUCAACCCUCUCCUUCUCAAUGCCAGCUGGACCAGUCGGUAUGGUCUGGGGCUGGCUAGUGGCCAGCAUUUUCAUCUUCAUAGUCAGUCUUGCAAUGGCCGACUUGGCAUCCGCCAUGCCUACCGCCGGCGGUCUAUAUUUCUGGACGCACUACUACGCCGCCGAGAAAUGGAAGAACCCCCUCAGUUUCGUGGUGGGGUAUAGCAAUACCAUUGGGCUGAUCGGCGGUAUCUGCUCAAUUGAUUAUGGAUUCGCGAAUAUGCUCCUCUCCAUGAUUUCCAUCGCGCGGGAUGGAAAUUGGUCUGCCUCCCGGCCUGUCAUUUACGGCACGUAUGUAGCUACCGUAUGCGCGCACGGGUUUAUUGCUACGUUCUUUGGACGGGUCAUGCCGAAGAUUCAAUCUGUGUGUAUCUUUUUGAAUAUCGGGCUCGUUGUGGCGACAGUUAUUGCAUUGCCCAUUGGGAAACACGAGAAUGCGCCUCCGGUUAAUUCGGGAGAUUAUGUCUUUGGCAAGGUCGAGAAUCUAACCACUUGGCCUACUGGAUGGGCUUUCAUGUUGGCGUGGCUGUCGCCUAUUUGGACCAUUGGUGCGUUUGAUUCGUGUGUCCAUAUGAGUGAGGAGGCAACUCAUGCGGCAAGAGCUGUGCCGAUUGGCAUUAUUGCCUCGUCUGGACUGUGUGGACUUCUUGGAUUUUUGUGCAUGGCCGUUAUUGCGGCGAGUAUGAACACGAACAUUGAGGCGAUUUUAGAUUCGAGUUUUGGUCAGCCUAUGGCUCAGAUCUACUACGAUGCUCUGGGGAAGAAAGGCGCCCUUGGCUUUAUGGCAGUGGUAUCAUCAGUCCAGUUCUUUAUGGGAUUGAGUAUUGUCCUGGCCUCUUCCCGCCAGAGCUGGGCGUUCUCUCGUGACGGCGCCCUCCCCUUCUCAUCAUUCUUCCGCAAAGUCAGUCAGCAUAAGCUGAUGCGCUAUCAACCCGUCAACAUGAUGUGUGGCGUGGUCUUUAUCUCCGUCUUGAUUGGUCUGCUUUCCCUUAUCGAUAACGCAGCUGCUAAUGCUCUGUUCUCGCUCGCCGUUGCCGCUAAUGACCUCUCAUGGUUGACUCCUAUCCUGGCGCGCCUUGUCUGGGGAAAUGACCGCUUUGUCCCUGGCGAGUUCUAUACGGGGAAGUAUCUUAGUAAACCAAUUGCGUGGGUUGCGGUUAUUUAUAUGGUAUUUGCCAUUAUACUCUGCAUGUUUCCUACUGAAGGGCCGAAUCCGACUCCUGAUAACAUGAAUUAUACCAUUGUUAUCAACGGGGCUCUCUGGCUGGGCUCUGCUCUUUAUUAUGUUUUGUAUGCGAGGAAGACAUUCAAGGGUCCUCAGUCUACGGUGGGGCCGGAGGAUGAAGGUAAGAUCGUGGAAGAGAAAGUUGACUCAGAACACUAG